AUAACACUAAUCAUGAACAUCAAUUAAUUACCUUAAGGAGAAUAAAAUGCAACGGAUUUCCUUAAUCGAAUUCCUAUCGGCAAUAAAAUAAUAACUAUCAUUACAAUCUUCGUCUUUCUAAUCAAUUCUUUAUUUGAUCAAAUUUUUACAUAUUACUUUUUGAAUAUUCCAGAAUUAGUUUUUCAUGGAUUUCAAUUAUAGAGAUUAUUUUUUACGUAAUUUAUUGAAGGUAAAAUAAAUAAUAUUAAUUACUUUUAGGAUUUUUUGGAUUAAUUCUCAUGCCCAUCUUUUUUAUUAUGAAUUUUUCAGAUUUAGAAAAAACUCUUGGAUCAGUUGUGUUUUUAAUUGAUUUCUUUAUUAAAGGGUUCCUGGUUUAAGUAUUUAUAUUCUAUCUAAAUUAGAUCAUAUUUUUAAUCUUAUCAUUGAUCAUAUAAAAUGAUAGCAUGCCUUCUUAUGGGUUGAUGAAUUUAUUUAUUGUUUACUUAAGUUUACAGUAAGUCUAUUAUUAAUUUAAGGUGUUUUGCUAAUCCAGAAUAACUAAGAACUUUUUGUUUCUUUCCUUGUUUAGUACCUUCAAAAUACAUUCCAUUCAUUUUUGUGUUAUUUGGAUUCUUUAUGAAACACAGUAUUGAUCCUGUUGCAGCUAUCAUACUCGCUUUAAUUGAAGCCAAAUAUUUCAAUUUUAUGAUUUUCAGACCUACUCAAGUAAUUUUUUAAUUAUAACACUAACCCAUUAGCAAUUCAUUUAAACAAUUGAAAAUAGCAUUAUAUUUAGUAGCCUUAAACAAAGAUCAGAUUUCCAUCUCAUUAAUCAAGAUUUCUAAAUUGGAUCAUCUAAUUAAUAAGAGAAACCAGCCACAAAGACUUAAGAAUUUUAAGGAUAAGGAAAUCAAAUUGGAACCAGUAUUAAUUUUGAUAAUAUUGUCAUUUCUGAUACGUAAGAAAUUCUUUAAUUUUAGCGAAUAAUUUUAAUAAGACUAUUAAAAAUGA